UCCGAUUCUCCGUAUCAAUAAUCCAGAACAUUCAUUUCUCAUAUCUCUCUCUCUCUCUGUCUCCGUGCAUAUACAGUAUCUCAGCCUCACCAUUCAUUUUCUCUUUUCCACAAUCUGACCAAACCCUCACUUGCAUUUUUGCAAAAAGAUAAAAGGCCACGCAGAUACACAACACAUUUCUUACACUCGCACACCAUUUACAUCUAAUACCAAACUCUUUUUAUACUUAAUUAUUCAAAAAUGGCUAGAGGAAAUCAGAGAGAAAAGUCUCGUGAGGCUAAUGCUAAGAAACAAGCUCAACUUGCUAAAGCCGGAAGCGGAAUGUCGAAAUCGCAAAUGCAGGCCGAGAAAGAUAAGACCCGUGUUCUAUUAAUGGAAAAGCAAAAGAAAGCCGAUGAGAGAAAAGCAGCCGAAGCACUCGCCGCCGCACAAGGAAAGAAAUAGAUUCGAUUCCAUUCAACAUUUCUUACCUUUCGAUGUUGCCAGACCUCUCCAAUUCGAUAUGAUAUGAUACAAAAUUACAGAAAUUCCUACAAUCCCAAGAACGACCCUCAAAGAACAAUUUCCCCCUCCCAGAGCGAAAGGAUGGAGUUUUAAGGCGAGCAGGCAGGCAGGCAGGCGCGAAAGAAUUUCGCAAAUUCCCCCGAAUUUUCUCAUCUCCCGGAAUUUCAUUUCCAUUUCCAUUUUCCUUAUACAUUACAAUACAUUUGAAUUUCCCAUUCAAGGUGUUACAGCGUCGGAGCAGCAUUUCGGUCCUUCAAUUAUAAAAAUUCUAGAGCACGCGUGGGAAAUCUUUUUAUUGUGAGGGGGGUUGAUAUUCGGUCGUUUGUUCUAGAAUGCGUGGAUUACCUAGGCUUUGUUUCCUGUGAUGGGUGGAUCGUAUGGAUAGAUGGAUGGAUGAAUGUGGCGGGAGUCAUUCGUUAAAUUCGUUGUGUGAUGUCAGAACCAUAUGAUAUGGGUAGGCCCUUUAAUAAAGUUUCUCAAUGAUGCUGUGA